AUGAUUAAUUCAGUGGAUCCUAGUCCGCUCCCCAAAAUCUCCCGACACAUCACCGACCGUGACCGUGACGGCAAAUCCUUAAUAUCCUCUUCCCUCUCCCCAGAAUCUACUUGGACAGCCGACAAAGGAGCCAAUUUCUUUCUGGGAUACUACAAAUCAGAAUUCCCGGUAGAAAUGAGCUCCAACAAAGAUGUAUCCAGCUACACAAAUUAUCUAUCUUCUCUACCAGGCCUAAUCGUUCUAGGGAGUACCAUCCUCCGAGUUGUGGAUAUGGAACUAGGGCUUGUAUCACCCAUGCAUAGAGCUACGAGCUUAGAUUACGGGGCGGUUAUCGAGGGAGAGGUAGAGUUGAUUUUGGAUGGAGGGGAAUAG